ACAUCGCAAAGCAGUGCUGCAACAUCCAGCGCGUCGGGACUCAGAGCUUCAUCUCCACACACUGUCCAUCUGCGGGGGGUCGCUGCUUUACCGGACAACAGCAGUGGAGACCUGAGUAAAGAACAGCACAGGAAUACACUGCUAGCCGACAUGUCUGUGGGGAACGACUUUGGAAACCCUUUACGGAAAUUUAAACUUGUUUUUUUAGGCGAACAGAGCGUUGGAAAAACAUCCCUGAUAACGCGAUUCAUGUAUGACAGCUUCGACAACACGUAUCAGGCAACCAUUGGGAUCGACUUCUUAUCGAAAACCAUGUACCUGGAAGAUCGAACGGUGAGGUUACAGCUGUGGGACACGGCAGGUCAGGAGCGCUUCAGGAGCCUCAUCCCCAGCUACAUACGAGACUCUACCGUGGCCGUGGUGGUGUACGACAUCACAAACGUGAAUUCCUUCCAGCUGACCUCCAAAUGGAUCGACGAUGUCAGGACGGAGAGAGGAAGUGACGUCAUCAUCAUGCUGGUCGGCAAUAAGACAGACUUGGAGGAGAAGAGACAAAUCUCGAUCGAGGAAGGAGAGCAGAGGGCUAAAGAGCUGAACGUGAUGUUCAUUGAGACGAGCGCUAAAACCGGCAGCAAUGUGAAACAGUUGUUUCGGCGAGUGGCUGCUGCUCUGCCCGGAAUGGAGAAUCUGGAUGAGACGAAUAAGGAGGGCAUGAUUGACAUCAAGCUGGACAAAGCCCAGGAGCCUCCUGCCAGCGAGAGCAGCUGCUCGUGUUAGUACAGCGCCCCCUCAUGGACACCUCCACUCACACACCUGCUCGUUCUGUUGCUUCCUGUGGCUCGGCAUCCCGACUGGACGCAGGCUUUCUACAUCCGACUGAGCUGAAAGUGAUUAAAGCUCUCAGAAAAAAAAUCACAUCCAUAUUGUCGAUCCAAUAACAACAUAAUGUAAAUAACUAAAAGAAAGACGAGCUGUUAGAGUGAUACAGGACAACAAGGAAGUGACGCGAUUAUAAUGUUUUGAGAAAUGUUAAGUUCUCUUGCGUUUUGUAGUUUUCUACAUCAACUGAGAUUUGGAACAGGAAGUAACAGCAGGGCGUAGGGUCAUUUCUUUAUUCUUACAAUGCAUGUAGGCUGAGUUCUGGAGUCCGUCACGUCUUCUGGUCCCCUGCAUAUCGUCAGCAACUACAGAAAAGGCCUCAGACGGCCGCUCUAAUCUUAAUGAUGCGAUACGGAAUCACCUUGCACCAAUUGAAUUAUUUAUUUCAGCCAAUAAUGAAAUUCUCUUUCGCAUGUUUUGUCUACUUUCAUAAUUUAAAGUACAGUAGCACUGUUUGAAAAGACCCGAUGCACUUUCAUUAGCGCCGAGUGUCCACGCUGAGGUCUGCCACGCUGUACUGUAUUGUAAAUAGUAUUUCUAUUAUCAUGAACACCCAUCAUUAGACGUGGUGUGUGUGUAAAAUUACUUUUCGAUAUAAUAAGGGCUUCACUCCGUUUCGUUCUCGCCCACAACAUUAACGUUUUUCAUUAUGUUUUCUUCUAUUUCAGCUCCAUGUCAGCUCUGAUACCGAAGAACAUAGACAAAGAGAACAGCUAAAAUACUCAAAAUUGUUCUUGAUCACGCCCAAAUAUCAAGAAUAAAUCAGUCGGUGAUUAAAGAUAAAUUAUAAACUCUACAGUAAUCCAUUGCAAUAAAAUGGCGAUGGUGGACAAUGAGAUUCGUAGCUAUGUUUCUCUUUAUUUAUUUUAACUAAACAGUGUGUCAAAAUUUGAUUCAGUAAAGUUAAAAGAAGCAGGUAAUAUAGUCGUUAAAUAUUUGCACAUUUGGUACAGUCAUGGCCAUUUCUAGCUACAAAUGGUAUAAACAGUGUCUUACGGCCUCCGAGCCACCAGGGGGCCCCGUAAGAUUUUAUUGUAAUAAUAUCUUUUGCCAGUUGUUAUCAUGGGUCAGGCGCCCCCUAGUGGUCUGCAAUUUGAGAAGUAUGAUUGGGGUGGUGGGGUAGUUCAGUGCUGGGUACACCUAACAUACAUGUUUAUUCCAUCUUUUGUCAGAUGAAGGCUAGCUAAGGUAGCUAGCUAGCUAGCAACAUGCCGCAAAUUUGCGUGUUUUUAAUUUUACUCAAAUAUUGAGGAUGUAUUGAUGUGAUUAGUGACUCUUGUUAAAUAUUUUAUUUGUUCAUUUAGUAAAAACUUUCACUAGCUGAACUUUUUGUGUUUGGCUAAAUUAGCCAUCUAGCAAUUACCUCCUGUAACUUUCGAGAGCUAGCUACGUUAGCAUUGUAAUACAUCAUGGAUUGUGAAGCUGAAAGCUGCUAGAACUGACUGAACAAAUUAACUCAAACAUUGAUGAUGUCUUGUUUUAUAACUUACCCAUGAAGACAAGUAGAUUUGUAGUUCUUUUUUUUAUUUUAGUUAAAUUAAUUUAGCUAAACUGUGCAGUCAAAUCAAAUUCUGCAAAAAAAAUAAGGCAAGAUUUUGGGAAUACAGUCAUUGAAUAUUUGCUAAUUUGGUACAAUGCUGUCUGUUUAGUCAAGUUAGCUAGCAAUAAUGUCCUGUGGUAACUGUAGCUAGUGAGCUAGAUAUGCAUCGUGAACUUGAAGCUGCUAGUACUUAAGCUAAAGGCUAGUACAUACACACUGCUGUGUGUUUUUGAUCCAACUCAAAUAUCAAAGGUGACUUGAUAUUAGUGACUCACAAAAAGUCCAACUCAAAGAACCAAAAUUUAUAGCAACAUCAUAGCAACAGUGGACAACGUGAGUUUUCGGUACUUUUAUUUUAGCUAAACAUUGUGUUAUGCGUAAUUCUGGAAAAGUAAGACGGGAAAUAAGUAAUACAUACGAGUUAAAUACACAAACAAUGCCUAAUAGGAGCUUUAAUAUGGAGCUAGUUAGCUAGUUAGCAUUUUAUUUAAACAUUCAUCAGGAGAUAGCUACCUUUACUAGCUAUCAAAUAGCUAGCUAAGUUAGCAUGUUAAUUAAACCUAAAUUAUUCAUCAAGAGACGGCUCCAGUUAGCUAAAAAAUUCGGAGGUCAUUUCAGCUAGCUAAAUCAUCAGUCAGUUAGCUGAGUAUAAUAGAUAUAAAUUGUGAAAACUAACGAUGAGUAUACGGCAAAUCUCAAGUUUUUACAAAUUUUGUUUUAUUGAAAAAUACCCCUAAUCUUAAAAAAAAAAAAAAAAAAAGCUUAAGACAAAGACAGGCAAAACAUGGCUAACUGUAUCCUACAGCAACAUUUACCUCAGGUUAGCAUGAGCUACGAUGUGCCUGAGUUAAAGGAAGAUUUUAAGCUUUUUGAACUUUUUUUUUUUAACUUCCUUUGUUGUCGUAUUUGCACUCUGACACACGGUGAGUGAUCUUUUUUAUGUUGCACUUUGUUUCAGUGUCAUAAAGCAAAGAAUUAUGUAAAGAUUAGCAUCACAUCAAGCGCACUGGAGUAAAACCAAGAUGAUCACUGUUUGUCAGAUGAAUGUUAUGGUACUUAUGAUCAUGGAGAAUGUACAGAAACGUCGUGGCUCAAUUCCACGCUGUAAUAUUCAGGUCGUUGCACCGAUAUGUUAAAGGAAUGUGAAAUGUUUACUUACCGCAGUAGUAAUAGUAUCUUUAAUAUUUUAUGGUAAUGUUGUCUUAUGUUUACCUGAAUGCACUGACGCCACUGUGUGUGUGUGUAUAUAUAUAUA